UAAGAGAUGGCAACAACUUUGUUAUUAUGAUGGAAACUGUCAUGACAUUUUGUGAGUGAAACCUCUUGACAAAUAUCAAUAUUUUAAUGUUGGAUUAACUCUUAAAAAUAAGUAUGGAGGCUGUACCUCGAUUACCAAUGAUUAGCUGUGAUAUUAAAAUCAGUCCGAGCAAUACUGAUUUUGGGCAUACGCUUCGUAAGUAUAUUAGGGACUUCUACCAUGAAGAUCCUGAUUCUUAUGCAAAAGAGAUAAAAGAUUUAGAAACUCUUAGACAGAAUGCCAUUAAAGCUCCCAUGGACUUUACAGGAUGUAGCAUUCUAAAACGUUACUAUUCUCAGCUUCAUAAAUUACAAAGUCGUUUUCCUAUGACAGAUGAUGGUCCUGCCUGUGUGCCUUUUAUGUGGACUGACAUCUAUUCUGGUGUAGCCUACAACAUUACAGAUAUUGAAUAUGAACAAGCAUGCAUCCUGUACAACAUUGGAGCUCUUCACUCAAAACUGGGUACCAUGGACUCAAGAUGUAAUGCAGAAGGCAUGAAGAUUGCUUGUACUCAUUUUCAGUGUGCAGCCUGGGCUUUUCAACAUCUUCGAGAUACUUAUCCUCAGCCAAAAGGAAGUGACAUGUCUCACGACCUCUUGACCUUUUUCUUAAAUAUUAUGCUGGCUCAAGCUCAAGAAUGCAUUUUGGAAAAGUCUAUGCUUGACAGUAGAAAAUCUUCAAUCACUGCGAAAAUUGCUGCACAAGUGGUUGACUACUACAAGUGUGCUUUGGGUAUAAUGGUAUCUGGAAGUCCAAGCACAGAUACUGGAAGCAUUCUUGAUAUUGUUGGAUCAAAAAUAUUUAAGGCUUGGAAAAAGUUCAUCGAAUUCAAAAUCGCUUAUUAUGGUAGUAUCUCACAUCUGUAUAUGGGUAAUCAAGCAGAGGAACAUGAAAAGUGGGGAGAGAGAGUUGCUUGGUUCCAGUCUGCUAAUGAUCAUUUAACUGAGGCUUUUAAAGUUGCUAAGAAUAUUGACCGGGAAGAAUUAACAGAGCCACUUUCAUUUACUAUGGACGUCAUUGGUGGAAAGCUCAACUCAGCUAAGAAGGAAAAUGAAUUUGUAUAUCACGAUAAAGUACCAGCUCUCAGUACCUUACCAGAGCUAAAAGGAGCUUCUUUAGUGAAAGGAAUUCCAUUUAGUAUUACAGACCCUGAUGUCUCUGGCCCUGAUAUAUUCUCUCGUCUUGUUCCUAUGGAGGCUCAUGAAACCUCUUCUUUGUACAGCGAAGAAAAAGCCAAACUCUUAAGGUCAGUUGUCUCGAAAGUUGAAAGCAAAAAUGAGGAACUAAUGGCUUACUUGUCAUCCCUGCAACUCGAGAAUGUACUCUCAUUUGAUGAUGAAGAAAAGAUACCCGAAGAAUUGUUGGAGAAGUGUGCAGCAAUGAGUGUAAGACCAUUAGCUAUUGCUGACCUGCAAGAUUUGAUGAAAGAAUUAAUGGAAGUUUCUAAAGAUGUAGAUGGGGCUUUGAAAUCAUCUUUUGCUUACUUAGCAGACGAAGAAAGGAGAGAAAUGAAGCAUCAGGAAGUAUUUGGUAAAAGAUCACCAUCCCUACUUAUGAUGGAGCUUAAAAAGGAGUGUGCCAAAUAUGAUGAAGCUCACAAAAAAGCCAUUGAAUCGAACAAUACCCUGGAAACUGCAGUGAAUAUCCAUAUUAAUCAUAUGUCUCAGUUACUUUUACCCUUAGAGGAAUUGGCUGCUAUGUUGCCUUCUGUCAAUGCUGUGAAAACUCCUGAAAAUGUCAAAGCCAUGGCUGAUUUUAAUCUUCUGAUCAAUAAAGUUGAAGAAAUGAAGAAUCAGCGAAUAUUUUUAGAGCAGCAAUUGAGAGAUGCUUUGAUGAAGGAUGAUAUUACUACUGAUUUGGUGACUAUGAAGAAGAAAGAAGAUGUUCAGCAAAUAUUUGCCGAAGAAUUAAAGAAACACAGUGAAGUCAUUACCUAUCUAGAUCAAAAUUUAACGGCUCAAGACAAUAUACUGUGUGCUCUAACUGAAUCUAAUGCCAGAUAUGCUGAAACUAGAAAAAUUGUUACAGAAAUAAAGCAACAGCGAUUUGAAAUGGUAAAUGCUCUAGUGAAUUCAUUUGAAGCAUAUGAUGAUAUUGUUUGCAAAGCAAAGAAAGGCCUUGAAUUCUACAAGAAGUUGCAAACAAGUGUGAAUCGUCUUUUGACUAGAAUCAGAGGUGUCACAAAAGUGCAAGAAGAGGAACGAGCACAAAUAGCAGAAGUGCGCAAUGGACCAAGAAUUGCGAAGAAUCCUCACUACCCUGCAGAAACUCAUGUUCCUAAGUUGAAGGAUUAUUUACCAUAUUUAUCGAAAGAUGGAGGUAGAGGGGCUGCCCAAAUUGCUCCUAAUUUAUUGAAUGCUUAUGUUUCACAUCAAACUCAAAUACCACCUACUCAGGUAGUCACAGAACCUAUGCGGCAAGCUACUUUGGGAGGUCCUGCUACAGAUUUCAGUCAAAAUAUCAAGCCUUUGCCUGGAGAGUGUGUUCUUCCUAAGGACAGCUAUGAACCCAGGUCCAUUGGCGUUAGACCUACUCCAGUGGGCUCAGAACAACCAUCAGUUCCAGUAAUGUGUACUACAGUAGCUCCCAGUACUGAAGUAGGAAAUUUUCUUUAUUCUCGACCAUCUCCUCUGCCCGGAGCAACUUCUUAUGCUUCUAGUGCUAGCUACAACUCUUCACAAAUGCCUUAUCAGUAUGCAAAUUCCUCUGCUGUGGCCACCUCACAAAUUACUUCCCCAUCUUUGCCAUCAAAUCCUCAAAAUGUUGUUUAUAAUGGUGGGAUAUCUGCACCUGGUCCAAGUGCUGUAAAUGGGGAUAGUAGCAGGAAAGUAAACUAUCAGUUGCCUAAUAGUAUUCCUGGUGCCCCUCAAAGUUUCACUUCGCUUUCUACUAUACCAUCAAUACCAUCUCAAAUUAAUAACUCAUAUGCUCCUACUGUUCCUUCCAAUGGUCAGCCUGGGGCUGCCUCUGGUCCAAAUUCGGUGCCUAAUGACUACCAUCCUCGAAAUAUAAAUUACUCUUCAAAUGCAAGUAUAAGUAGUCCUUAUUUGGCUCAACAAGUUAACACUGGAUAUGUUCCUAAUUCAGGAAUGAUGCCUAAUUUUUCUUCAUCAGGGAGUUACCCUCCUCAACCUUCUACUCGUGCUUCUGUUGCAAAUGGUCAAAUGCCAUAUCCAGCAGCGUCUAAUAAUUUUGUUUCUGUACCAGGAAUGAUUCCUAGUGCAGCCACUUCUCCCAUACCUGGAGGUUAUGUACAGCAAUCAUUCCCCGGUGGAUCUGCGGCUAAUACAUCCGUUUCUUAUUCUACAAAUUCAGUUGGUUUUUCAUCUGCAUCUGGUGUAGCUUCUCAAUACACUGCUGCUUCUAGUGGGCACUCUCAGUAUUCACAGUUGGGUACAUCACAAGUUGCUGGAAAUGUGCUUCCAACUGCAUAUCCUGUUGGAGCCAUUUCUCAAGGUGCUAAACUUUCUUCAGCUGGCAAUCCUGCUAUGUCUUCAACAGGCAUAUCAAAUACCAUGCCUCUGACAGGCGUAGGAGCCUCUGCUUUAUCUAGACACCAGCCAGGACAUUCAGCAGCAACAAAUUUACAAACUUCUCAACCCUCUCCAAUUUUACACUCUGGUAAUACUGUACACCAGUCAAUGGGACAACCCCAAAUACCAUCAUGGUCAAAUUCUGUUCAAGCAGCUCAGUACCCUACAUACUCUGAGUACACUAAGCAAAAUCAGUCUAUUAAUUCAAAGGCGUUACCAAAUCCUAACUAUCAAGCAGGAGUUCCUACUACGCAGUAUUACCAAGGAAAUGUCACUGCUUCUUUGGACACAAAAACAAACACGUUUAACUCGGGUAACCAAUAUCCUUUAUCAAGUGCAGUGCAAGCUCCAAAUCCUUCCACUUACACAUCUAGCCAAUCAGGAAUUAGAACUUAUCAAACUGGUGGGAAUACACAAAUUCCGAAUUAUCCUAAUAGUUAUUCUAAUAAUUACGAUAGCAAUGUCUACAAUGCCAAUGCAGCGAUGCCUAAUUCAACACCUAACACUUAUGGAGUGGCAUUUAACCAAGCAAACUAUUAUCCUGCAACUCCUGUUGGCGGCCAACCUCAAUCUAUGACACCGCCUACUGCAGUAAACCAAUCAUCUGGAUCCAUGCCAUCUCAAAUUAUGAACUCUCAAUUACCUAAUGUCCAAUAUCCAACAAAUGUGUCAAACUUGAGUUCCACGAACCAACAGAACUACCAGCUUCCUAUGAAUCCAUCUACUCCUGUUAAUUAUUCUGCUGUUUCUGUAAACCAACCUAGUUUUCCACCUAGUCAAAAUGUUUCAAUGCCCACAGAACAAAAGAGACUUUCUCCCAGUUUUGCUGUGCAACCUACCCUCCCUACUGUCUCUCAAGAACCUAAAAGUGCAACUACUCUGAAAGUUCAGCCUGAAAACUCCCAUAUAAAUGCAAUUAGAGAUCUCAUCACACCUCCUCUGGAAACUGAUUCUGUCAAGCCAUCUGUAGCAGAUUCUGAUCAAACUUCCCCUCCUGUAUUGCAACCAAAGGUGCUUGACCUCAAAGAACUCUCUCAGCUCAAGGAAAAAGACACUGUCCACUUAGCAAAAGAUCCUUUAGAGGACCCUUCAGUUCGUUCAAAAUUCGUAUCUGAAGUUGAAAAGUAUGAAAAAUUUGUGGAAGGGUUGAUGAGAAAAUCUUUAAACGGCACUACCCCCCUGGAUCAAAAGUGGAAGGAAUUAAUAGAUGCGCAAGAUAAAGAAUCUAGGAAGAUGUCUAUAAGUGUUGCUAGAUGCUAUCCAUUAAAAAAUAGAUAUCCAGAUGUUAUGCCAUAUGACAGCAACAGAGUGAAGUUAACAUCUGCAAAAGAUGACUACAUUAAUGCUUCUUAUUUUAAGGAUGUUAGCUCUGGAAGUCCUGUAUUUGUAAUAACACAAACCCCAUUGCCAUCCACAUAUAGUGAUUUCUGGUUGAUGAUAUGGGAACAACAAGUUGAAACAAUGAUCUGCCUCCUUUCUGAUAAUGAGCUGAAAAAUCAUGUUUAUUUUCCAAAAGAAAGAGGUCAAACUCUGAAUUGUGGAAUAUUUGAAACUUCUCUUAAUAGUUGCAAAGAAAAACAUGGCUUUGUGGAACGGAUGGUUAAUAUCACUCACAUAAAGAAUCGUACAUCUAGAGUUGUUGUUCAUCUUCAAUUUACAGAGUGGCCUGUUAGUGGUAUUCCUAAGUCACCUGUUGCACUUUUGCAAUUUAUAUCAGAUGUUUUAAGUUAUCAGAAACAGCAGAGAAAUCUCAUGAGGCCCGUUGUUGUCCAUUGCAGCUCUGGUGUGAGUCGCAGCGGCUGUUUUUGCAUAAUUACUGCUCUAGUCAAUGAAAUGAGUGGGGGUCAUGGCCCAAGAGACGUUGCUCAAGUUGUGACUAUGGCUAGCCAACAGAGGAAGUUCCUUAUACCUGAUAAAGAGCAUCUUAAAUUCUGUUAUGACACUGUUCUUUAUUUUGCUCAAGAUCUGCUCAUGAAAAGAGGGAUAUUAACGAGCAGAGCUUCUUUCGACAAUAAAUUACCUGCGAGUGGUAACACCACAUCACACGUACGCCACCCGUCGGAAGAUUUCAUUCUUGGAGGUGGAGGCCUUGCUAAACUGCAAUCUGGUAUUGAAAAUAUGACAGUUUCAGCUGAUGAAAACGAUUCUAAAGAUUCAGCAGCUGAUGAGACCUCAUCAGCACCGAUUUCAAACAACGAAGUGGAAGGAAAUGGUGAUGGCGCUCCUAUUCCUCCCACUGUAGAUGUCGCUUUGUGUAACACCCUACCAGACCCACCCGAGGUGGAACACAAUGAAAAUGGCGAUGCAAACUCAUCGAAUAAAACAGAAGAACUCAAGACUCUUCCGUCUAUUACCAGCUUAUUAGAUCCAUCGAAUUUCACACUGGAUAGUGCAGGCUCACCCGGUAAAAGAAAAAUAACGAAGGAAAACUUUGCGAGCUCGAAGGGGAGCUUGUCCACUUCAAGCUCCGAUAGUGCUGAUCCACUGAGCCAGUUAGAUCCUCUGUGGUCAUUGAAAAAAUAAUAAUAUUCAAUUAGGUUCUAUUUAAC